AUGGGUGCCUUACUCUCUCUUCCGCUGCUGGCCCUGCCCAGCGCAGGCACUCUGGUGUCUUUCGCUGCCAGUUGCUGCGGCGCGGCAACUUGCUCCAUGGUGUGCAGCGCCUGCGGCAAGUGCGGCAACAGUGUCGCUACUCGUAUUGCUUAUGCCCUCAUCCUCCUCGUCAACUCGAUCCUGUCGUGGAUAAUGCUCACGCCAUGGGCCAUCAAAAACCUCCAAAAGCUUACCCUCGAUUACGUCCAGAUCACAUGCCCCUCCGGCCAGUGUUACGGCUGGCUUGCGGUGCACAGGAUCAACUUUGCCCUGGGCCUGUUCCACCUUAUCUUCGCCGGUCUGAUGGUCGGUGUCACCUCGUCUAAAAAUCCCCGAGCCGCCCUGCAGAAUGGUUACUGGGGCCCCAAGGUCAUUGCCUGGCUGGCCUUCAUCGUCCUGUCCUUCCUGAUCCCGGACCCCUUCUUCCAGUUUUGGGGCAACUACAUCUCCUUCUUUGCCGCCAUGCUGUUCCUCAUCCUCGGCUUGAUCUUGUUGGUUGACCUGGCACACACCUGGGCCGAAUACUGCCUCGAGCAGAUCGAGAACACCGACUCGGGCGCCUGGAGAUUUGUCCUCAUCGGCUCCACGCUGGGCAUGUAUAUUGGCUCGCUUGCCAUGACCAUCGUUCAGUACAUAUUCUUUGCCAGCAGCGGCUGCUCGAUGAACCAGGCCGUCAUCACCAUUAACCUGCUGCUGUGGAUCGCUAUCUCGGCAAUCUCUGUGCAUCCGGCUGUCCAGGAGGUCAACCCCAAGGCUGGCCUGGCGCAGUCAGCCAUGGUCGCCAUCUACUGCUCCUACCUGACCAUGUCGGCAGUCUCCAUGGAGCCCGAUGACGAUGGGUCCAAGCAUUGCAACCCCUUUGCCUUCUCCCAGGGCACGCGAACCACAACUGUAGUUCUUGGCGCCAUUGUUACAAUGCUCACCGUUGCUUACACGACAACAAGGGCGGCUACUCAGAGCCUUGGAUUGGGUAACAACAGGGGUGCAAUCCGCCUACCGGACGAAGACGAGCAUGACCUGGUGACCACUCAGCCCAGUGGACGCCGAGAGAUGCGUGCUGAGGCGCUGCGGAGGGCGGUGGAGGAGGGAAGUCUACCAGCCGAUGCACUCUUGUCAGAUGACGAGGAUGACGGCUCGAGUGGUGACAACUCGGCGCACGAUGACGAGCGUGGCAGCACUCAGUACAACUACGCCGUGUUCCACAUCAUAUUCUUCCUCGCGACGGCAUGGGUUGCCACGCUGAUCACACAAGGCUAUGAUGACCAGAAGGAGGACGAUUUCGCCACCGUCGGACGCACCUACUGGGCUAGCUGGGUCAAGAUCAUCAGUUCUUGGAUCUGCUAUGCCAUGUAUGUCUGGACGCUGGUCGCGCCGAUAGUCCUGCCCGACCGAUUUGAGGCUUAA